AUGCCAAUGAAUCAGAGGUACUACCUGUCUUUCUUGUUGCCUUCCCUCUUCUUGAGCGGAUGCGCCGAUGCGGCGCUGCCGCAAGCGUGUGCACAUCCAGAUCCAUCCAUCCGCAGUGGUGAUACAGAGGUCAAAGUGUACUUCGGCUGCGGCUGCUUUUGGCAUGUGCAGCAUGAGUUCGUGGUCGACGAGAUGACCAAGCUCUGCCGGCAAGAUGGUAACAUCACCGCGCGGACUGCAUAUGCUGGUGGGACUCACAUGGACAAUGGAUUGGUAUGUUACCACAACGCAUUGGGAAAGGCGGACUAUGGGCAACUCGGGCACUCCGAAGUGGUCUCAAUGAGCGUGCCCGUCUCAGCUUUUGCCACCUUCGCGCAGACCUUCUGGGACAUAUGCCCCAAAGGAGUCAGGAGAGAUGUUCAAGAUAUUGGAGGCGAAUAUCGUUCCGUCGUCGGGCUUCCUGGUGGAAUCCACUCGUCGCUGAUGAAGGAUCUUGCCUCAUCUGCAACUGCCAAGUUGGUGCCUGGCACAGGCAAUGAAGGAGACACCUUGGGCAGCGACACUGUGAUAGUCUAUGAUAGUGAUCACUUCCCUGCUCAUGUUGCAGAGAAGUAUCAUCAGUUCCACGAUGAUAUGAUGGAUCACUAUGGAGGCGCCUAUCACGCCCUCCGAGGAUUUGCCGCCAGACGCGUGGCAGAUGAGAACCUCAUCGUUUACGCCGAGACUGGCUCUGGGAAGACCUUGGUGGCCGAGCUGGCCAUUAAGGAGGCGCUCAAGCAGCAGCCAGAGAAGAGGUGUGCAUUCCUAGUGACUGCAACUCGAUUGCUGGCGCAUCAGCAGUGGCAGCGCCUCUUGGACUCCCUGCGGGAGGAGGAUCCAUCCACGCUUUCCGAGGAUGUGGUGGAGGUGACCGGCUACACCACCAGCGACUGGUGUUUGGAGCAGUGGCGGGACUGCAUGAGCCGUUCGAAGGUGCUGGUGGGCACCAUCGAGACCCUUUGCCGGGCCAUUGUGGACCACGGCUAUCUCAGCUUGUCGGAAUUCUCCCUUGUGGUCAUCGAUGAGUGCCACAAGGCCACUGGCGACAGCCCUGGAGCAGAAAUCCUGCACCGGAUAGCCUCUUCGUCACCAAGGGUCUUGGGACUCACGGCAUCCUAUGCCAACGACAAGGCCACCACAGCGGAGGGCUUCCAGCAGAGCCGCAGAACCUUGCAGGCCCUUUUUCGUGGACAGGUGCACACCUGUGAUGUUCCUCAGCGCCGCAAGCCGCGCUUCAAGAAGAUUGAGUACAUAGCACCUCAGCUUGGAGCCCAAAGGUUAGCCGAGGAGGUUUGCCACCGGCUUUGGGAAGAGCUGCGGAAGGCUGACGUGAGAGAACCCAAGGAGGCACAACGACUCGUCCAGCAGAUGGUCGAUCUGCUUCAAGAGCUGGGCUCCGAAGCUUUUCUGCAUGGCCUGGAGCAUGGUGUCGUGGCGCAAAUGGAAGGUCGCAUUGACAACUUCUCCAAGAUCUUGGAGAGAAAGUCAUUGGCGCAGAUUUACCAGGUUGAUCUGGAAAAGUUGAAGCUGGCCCUGCGUGGGGUGGUGGAGUCCGUCAAACAGAUGGACAUCCUGAGGAGCUUUGAUGCAAGCUCUCCGAAGCUCUGUGCAUUGCUCCGGUGCUUGGAACAAGAAUUGGGCACAAACGAGACGUCUUGCGGAAUGGUCUUUGUUUCAAAGGUGGCCUUGGCUCUCCCGCUGGCUGCCGUGUUAGAGCAGAAGCUAGCGAAUGUCGCCAUUGGCGCGGUGAGCGGGGUGAAUUCCAUGACGGAGCUUUCGCGCAACAAGGCAUUCUUGGAUUUCCGAGAAGGCCGCACUCGGCUCCUCGUGUGCACCCAGUGCGCGGAAGAAGGCCUCGACGUGGCUGAGUGCUCCUUUGUCAUACGCUUCCAGGAGUUUGAGACCACCCGCAGCCACGUGCAAGGAGUUGGCCGCGCGAGGAAGGAGGAGGCACGCGUCUACUAUUUUGAGAACUGCCCCGACUUGGAAUGCCAACGUGCAGAAGUCAUGGACACAGUAGCCCGAAAGGCUGAGGCGGUGAUCCCUGUAGCGCUGCCUCCAUACUGCCGAAGGAGCGACGUGCAUCCCUUCACAGUGCCUGGAAGUGGCGCCGAAGUGAACUUCAGGAGUGCUCCUCGCAUUUUGUCAGAGUACAUUAGCCAGACUGCAGGAGGCCUAUCUUUCAAGAGUCUGAAGGUUGAUGGGGGUGUCUUAUUUGCUGGCCCAACAGGGGGUCUGAAGCUCUUAGAAAAGGACGUAUGCAGGCUGAUGGCGGAACAUAUCGAUGUGGACACCGACACAUUAUUGAAAUAUGUGUCGGUCUUGGCGCUCCAUUCUCAAGGGUGGCUAGAUUGCCACAACACUGUGCCCAAGCGCAUCCUGCGACAAUCUGCCAGGUGGUACAGGUCUGCGCUAGAAGCAGAGCCAAUCGCGUGUCCGGAGCUCCGCUGCUUGGUCUCCCGCAUCUCGCCAUCGGCGCCCGCCCACCUGAGCAGUCGGGAGCGCACACAUGUGGCCAGCGGCGCAGAGCAGGUUGAGCUGGGCCGUCGACGUCUCAAGCCUGAUGAGAUCUUAAACACGCAGUUGACGGUCAACCAGACCUUUUCCAACGGCAGCAAUGUGCUUCAAGCGAUGGCAGACAUCGUCUUGGGUACAAAGGACGUCAAGGAUUUUCCUUGCAUCAGGGUCGCUUGGAGUGUGGCUGGGCAAUGCUGGUAUUCAGCGGACAACCGGCGACUCUUCAUCUUCAAGGUAGUGAUGCCUUUGAUCGACCUGACCGACAUCGAGGUUGACGAGAUCAACUGGACCUCUGAAUUCGACUGUAAAAACAGGCAAGCGGAAAGAUGGGGGAAGGUGUGGGCGACCCACGAGAAGAGUGUGCGACAAGUGCGUCACAAGCUUCUUGAGCUCUUGGCUGGACAAGGUGAUGAAGGAGAUCCUGAGUUUCAUGACGAGGACGAGAGAUCGGCAUCGAUUCUUCGGCGUUUGCCCGAUGCAGCUGUUCUCAUGGACGGCGUCGAUGUUCGCGCAGAAGGAUCAGUUGGCGCACACCAUCAGUCCGAGCUCUCCAGGCGCAGUUCUUUGAUGAAAGCUUCAGUUCCGGGUAGCCCUUGCAGUUUUCCAGCUGCCCAUAUGCAAAGCAGCUGGAAGCUGUUUCUAUGUUCUGGUGAGCGCAGGCCCCAAUGGGACCGGACUGGCCAUCCGCAGGGGCAGCUUCAGGCUGAUGUUCUCGAAGAGGUUGAAGAUCGUGGCCGUGCGCCAGAACUGCAGGAUGCUUACCACUUGCCAGCAGCUCCCUCCCGCAAUGUGGCCUACUUGGAGGGCACCACGCGGCCGAGCACCAAAGCGGCCCACGCCGUGCAGCCGACAGCCUUCCAUCGUGUGCUAGGCGAAGCAGAGCCGGAGCGAGAGCCCCUGGAGCGCAUGGAGGUGAUUCAAGGUGGCAGCCCUGAAGCGGAGGAGCUUCUCCGACGUGUGGGGCUGACCUUGUCGCGGAGUUGCAAGCGCGAAGACGAGGAAAGUGCGGUCAGUCUUUUGAAGGAGGCCCUGGAAGGCCAUUGUCGCCUCAAGGAUUUUGAGGAACUCCCAUGGACUUGGCAGGACUUCGGUGACAAGAGCUUUCGCUCCGUGGUGAUCGUGGCCGGGAAGCGCUUCGUCGGGGACGAGGCGAGCAACAAGAAGUCGGCCAAGAAGAAGGCUGCACUUGCUGCCAUCCGAGGCCUUUGCCAACUCGUGGAGCCGGCAGAGCCCUCGGCGGCGGAGCCGCCUGCGAUGUCCUCGACGAGUGAAGGGUCGGAGGACUCUUGGCACGUCGUGCGCCUGGAAGAUCUGGAUGACAUCGAAGUGGUGACAGCGACAGGCCAUGAUGUUCCAAGUGGCUAUGUACGACUGGAGUUGGUUUUCGAGCCUACCCAGAAGUUCUUCAACCCGAAGAAUGAAUUGCUGGAUCACCUUCAGGGUGCUUUAGGACGAAGCCCAAGUCCGUCCGAGCUGCGCUUUGCCUUCAAAGGGCGUGAUGGCUUCUGGCGCUGCCGGGCUGAGGCGAACAUGCCAAUGCUGCAGGGCAGCUUCGAAGGGAUCCCUGCCGAGAGCCAACGGCAGGCUGAGCAGAACGCUGCGUGGCGCGUUGUAGAGAAGAUGAAGUUGAUCCAGGUUCGCGAGAUGGAGAAGACCUGCACGGUGAAGGACAUUCUCAGGACACUUCCAAGCGAGAACCUUGAGCUCCUUCAGGAUGGCUCCAUCCUGUCCAACGACUUGCGGCUCUCGGAGCUCCGUGGCGGCCGUCUCGAGGUCCGCGAAGCUGAGCCCUGGUGAGACCGGAGGUUCCACAGAGCCAAGAAUGGA